UCCAUCCAUACAAGCUACAACUUCCCUUUUUUCCCCCUCUCUCCCCUCCCAAGCUCUCUCUCCGAUCGUUGUCUUCUCUUCCUCUUUGUCUGGCUUCGAUUCCAGCCCCUUAUUUAUGUUGCCUUGAUCCUCCCUCUCUUCCCCCGUCCUCUUCCCCCAAUACUCUGUUUCACACUCUGUUUCCUUCCCCCGCACCACCAUGACUGCCAGCAUGCCGCAGCUGGAUACAUCCCCGAAGCCCACUGAGGCGGCGACGACUGUCGUCCAGUCGCCGACUUCCACUUCACGUUACAGCAAGCACAUCGUUUUGACCACUUACCCCGGCCAAAGCGGGAUCGACCCCGUUCCCCUCGAAUGGGGCGCUUCCGACGCCAAAUCGCGUGGUCCGGUCAUCGUGUCUCGUAGCGCAAACCUCCUCAAGCGACGCAACGCUAUGGGCGCCCACGGCGGAAGCUACAGCAUCUACAACGCGCUGGCGAUCGCCGCAGGGGACCUGGACACGGACUUCCGCCCGGACCUCCGCAACAGCGAGCCGACGUUCAACUUCCCGUGGCAGCCGGCCUGGGCCGACAAGACCAAGAUCGUGUCCAUGGACCCCUACGGCCACGACAUCGUCAACCAGUUCAAGGACGAGCUCGGCGCCGGCUGGGAUAUCCGCCCCACGAUGGCCGUCACCCGAGCGAAUAUGAAGCUGGCGGAGAUCGGCGAGGCCGUGCGUGAGGGCAAGCUCGACGUCGACGGGUCGAUCGUCGUCGACUCUGGCGGCGAUGUUCGUGUCACCAAGGUCGCCGUCGAGCCCGUCUGGUAUCUGCCAGGGGUUGCGGAGCGGUUUGGCGUCGACGAGGGCACGCUCCGGCGCACGUUGUUCGAACACACGGGCGGCAGCUACCCCGAGCUGAUUACCCGGCCGGACCUGAAAGUGUUCCUGCCGCCAAUCGGUGGAUUGACGGUCUAUAUUUUUGGCCCGCCGGAAAGGGUCUCGGAUGAGAAUGUGCGGCUGGCGCUGCGCAUUCACGAUGAGUGCAAUGGCAGUGACGUCUUCCAGUCGGAUAUCUGCACAUGCCGCCCGUAUCUGGCGUUCGGGAUUGCGGAGGCGAUCCGGGAGGCGCAGAAUGGGGGCAGUGGUGUGGUGAUUUACUUCCGGAAGGAAGGACGUGCUCUGGGCGAGGUGAUCAAGUACCUGGUUUACAAUGCUCGCAAGCGCGGCGGCGACACGGCCGAUAAGUACUUCACCCGGACGGAGAACAUUGCCGGUGUGCGCGACAUGCGUUUCCAAGCCCUCAUGCCCGACAUCCUGCACUGGCUGGGUAUCAAAAAGAUCGACCGCAUGCUGUCCAUGUCCAACAUGAAACAUGACGCGAUCGUCGACUCAGGGAUCAAGAUCCUGGAGCGUGUGCCCAUCCCGGAAGACAUGAUCCCCAACGAUUCUCGCGUGGAGAUCGACGCCAAGAUUAAUGCGGGCUACUUUACCACCGGCAAACAGUACACGAUGGACGAGCUGGCUACCGUUCGUGGACGCGGUUGGGAGAAGUGGGAGGAUGUUACGCACUGAGUUCACAGUCGUGUCUUGUGGUCCUUCUCACCAUAUUUUUGCUUUGGCGUUUUUUUGGACUCGUGAUCAUACCAGAAUUGCAUAGCUACUAUUGUGAAGAUCGAAAUGACAUGAACAGCCGCAUUUGUCAUUGGAUUAGAUCCGAAGGAUAUCUUCCUCAUAGAUUGAAACAUGUCCCUCGCGCC